GCCUCCCGCCCCGUCCCUGCACUUUCCCCGGAGCCGGGCCGCCACCCCUCCCAUUGAUGGUGUAGCGCUCGAGGGGAAGCAUUUUUGAAACGUUGGGGUUGUUGGAGUGGUUGGAUUUUCCCUGGAAUUGAGUGAUAAAUUCAGAAGACUGAAGCCCAGGCUUACUGUCUACCUUUCACGGAGGCCUAGCCGUGAGAGGACAGAAGAAGGCACGUGGCGAAUCAUGACAGCUGACAAAGAUAAAGACAAAGAUAAAGAAAAGGACCGGGACCGGGACCGGGACCGAGAGAGAGAUAAAAGAGACAAAGCAAGAGAGAGUGAGAAUGCCAGACCUCGCAGGAGCUGUACUUUGGAAGGAGGAGCCAAAAAUUAUGCUGAGAGUGAUCACAGUGAGGAUGAAGACAAUGAUAACAAUAGUGCCACCACAGAGGAGUCCACAAAGAAGAACAAAAAGAAGCCACCUAAAAAGAAGUCCCGGUAUGAGAGGACAGACACUGGUGAGAUAACAUCUUACAUCACCGAGGAUGAUGUUGUCUACAGGCCAGGAGACUGUGUGUAUAUCGAGAGUCGGCGUCCAAACACACCGUAUUUCAUCUGCAGCAUCCAAGACUUCAAACUGGUCCACAACUCCCAGGCCUGUUGCAGAUCUCCAGCUCCUGCUCUGUGUGACCCCCCAGCAUGCUCUCUGCCGGUGGCAUCACAGCCACCACAGCACCUUUCUGAAGCCGGGAGAGGGCCUGUAGGGAGUAAGAGGGACCACCUACUCAUGAACGUCAAAUGGUACUACCGUCAGUCUGAAGUUCCAGAUUCUGUCUAUCAGCAUUUGGUACAGGAUCGGCAUAACGAAAAUGACUCUGGGAGAGAACUUGUCAUCACAGACCCAGUCAUCAAGAACCGCGAGCUCUUCAUUUCUGAUUAUGUGGACACAUACCACGCUGCUGCCCUGAGAGGGAAGUGUAACAUCUCCCAUUUUUCUGACAUAUUUGCUGCUCGAGAGUUUAAAGCCCGAGUGGACUCAUUUUUCUACAUACUAGGCUACAACCCUGAAACAAGGAGGCUGAAUAGUACCCAAGGAGAAAUUCGAGUUGGCCCUAGCCAUCAGGCCAAACUUCCAGAUUUGCAACCAUUUCCUUCUCCAGAUGGUGAUACUGUGACUCAGCAUGAGGAGCUUGUCUGGAUGCCUGGCGUCAGUGACUGUGACCUCCUCAUGUACUUGAGGGCAGCAAGGAGCAUGGCAGCAUUUGCAGGGAUGUGUGAUGGAGGCUCUACAGAGGACGGCUGUGUUGCAGCAUCUCGGGAUGACACCACUCUGAAUGCACUGAACACACUACAUGAAAGCAGUUACGAUGCUGGCAAAGCCCUGCAGCGCCUGGUAAAGAAGCCUGUGCCCAAGCUGAUCGAGAAGUGCUGGACAGAGGAUGAAGUGAAACGCUUCGUUAAGGGGCUCCGGCAAUACGGCAAGAACUUCUUCAGAAUCAGAAAGGAGUUGCUUCCCAAUAAGGAAACUGGGGAACUGAUCACCUUCUAUUACUACUGGAAGAAAACGCCAGAGGCAGCCAGCUCCCGUGCGCACCGCCGGCACCGCAGGCAGGCUGUGUUCAGAAGAAUUAAGACACGCACGGCAUCCACCCCUGUCAACACGCCCUCCAGACCACCUUCCAGCGAAUUCUUGGACCUGAGCUCAGCCAGUGAAGAUGACUUUGACAGUGAGGACAGCGAGCAGGAGCUGAAGGGGUACGCCUGCCGUCACUGCUUCACCACCACCUCCAAAGACUGGCACCACGGGGGCCGAGAGAACAUCCUUCUGUGUACCGACUGCCGCAUCCACUUCAAGAAGUACGGUGAGCUGCCGCCCAUCGAGAAGCCUGUGGACCCCCCACCCUUCAUGUUCAAGCCUGUCAAGGAGGAGGACGAUGGGCUCAGUGGGAAGCAUAGCAUGAGGACGCGGCGGAGUCGGGGCUCGGGGCAGAUGUCUACACUACGCAGUGGACGGAAGAAGCAGCCUGCCAGUCCUGAUGGUCGUGCCUCACCCAUCAAUGAAGAUGUCCGAUCCAGUGGCCGGAAUUCCCCCAGUGCUGCUAGCACUUCCAGCAAUGACAGUAAAGCAGAGACAGUGAAGAAGUCAGCCAAGAAGGUGAAGGAAGAGGCUGCAUCCCCUCUGAAGAACACCAAGCGGCAGCGAGAGAAGGUGGCCUCUGACACAGAGGACACAGAUAGGACCGCCUCCAAAAAGACGAAGACCCAGGAAAUCAGCCGCCCCAACUCUCCCUCUGAAGGUGAGGGGGAGAGUUCGGACAGCCGCAGUGUCAAUGAUGAGGGAAGCAGUGACCCAAAAGACAUCGACCAAGAUAAUCGCAGCACGUCUCCCAGUAUCCCCAGCCCUCAGGACAACGAGAGUGACUCAGACUCAUCGGCACAGCAGCAGUCGUUGCAGGCCCAGCCCCCGGCCUUGCAAGCUCCCGGUGGGGCUGCCUCAGCCCCCUCGACAGCUCCUCCAGGAGCACCCCAGCUUUCCACCCCUGGGCCCACACCCUCUGCCACAGGAGUCCCUCCACAGGGCUCCCCUGCAGCCACACAACCCCCUAACCAGACUCAGGCUGCAGUGGCACCUGCAGCCCACACCCACAUCCAGCAGACACCCACCCUGCACCCCCCUCGGCUGCCCUCACCUCAUCCUCCGCUUCAGCCUCUGACUGCACCGCCUAGCCAGAACUCUGCACAACCUCAUACCCAGCCCCCCCUGCAUGGUCAAGCACCUGGCCCUCACAGCCUGCAGGCUGGACCCCUGCUACAGCACCCAGGGCCUCCUCAGCCGUUUGGACUUCCUCCCCAGGCCUCCCAAGGUCAGGGCCCUCUGGGCAGCUCCCCAGCAGCCGCUCACCCUCAUGCCACCAUACAGCUUCCAGCUUCUCAGUCAGCACUGCAGCCCCAGCAGCCCCCAAGGGAACAGCCCCUACCUCCUGCCCCCUUAGCCAUGCCUCACAUCAAACCCCCACCCACCACGCCAAUUCCCCAGCUUCCAGCACCACAGACCCACAAACAUCCACCUCACCUCUCAGGGCCCUCACCCUUCUCUAUGAAUGCCAAUCUGCCACCCCCUCCAGCCCUGAAGCCUCUCAGCUCACUGUCCACACACCAUCCUCCCUCAGCCCACCCUCCACCCUUACAGCUUAUGCCACAGAGCCAGCCCUUGCCCUCUUCCCCUGCCCAGCCCCCUGGGCUGACCCAGAGCCAGAGCCUACCACCCCCUGCUGCCUCCCAUCCCCCCACUGGCCUCCACCAGGUGCCCUCCCAACCUCCAUUUCCCCAGCACCCUUUUGUACCUGGAGGCCCCCCUCCCAUCACCCCACCCUCCUGUCCCUCCACCUCCACCCCUCCUGCGGGGCCCAGCACCUCAUCGCAGCCGCCCUGCUCUGCUGCUGUUUCUUCUGGAGGCAAUGUUCCAGGGGCGCCAUCUUGCCCACUCCCUGCUGUGCAGAUCAAGGAGGAGGCUCUGGAUGAAGCAGAGGAGCCAGAGAGCCCUCCUCCACCCCCCAGGAGCCCAUCCCCUGAGCCCACUGUAGUGGACACCCCCAGCCAUGCUAGCCAGUCCGCCAGGUUCUACAAACACCUGGACCGGGGCUACAACUCGUGUGCGCGGACAGACCUGUACUUCAUGCCUCUGGCUGGAUCCAAACUAGCCAAGAAGAGGGAGGAGGCCAUCGAGAAGGCCAAGCGGGAGGCUGAACAGAAAGCCCGAGAGGAACGGGAGCGGGAGAAAGAGAAGGAGAAAGAGCGAGAGCGGGAGCGAGAGCGGGAACGGGAGGCAGAACGCGCUGCUAAGGCGUCAAGCUCAGCACACGAAGGCCGUCUUAGUGACCCUCAGCUCAGUGCUCCAGGUCACAUGCGACCUUCCUUCGAGCCACCACCGACCACAAUUGCCGCAGUGCCCCCGUACAUUGGGCCUGACACACCUGCCCUCCGGACACUGAGUGAAUACGCUCGGCCGCAUGUCAUGUCUCCCACCAACCGCAACCACCCCUUCUACAUGCCCCUUAAUCCCACUGACCCCCUGCUGGCCUACCACAUGCCUGGCCUCUACAACGUUGACCCCACCAUCCGGGAGCGGGAGCUGCGGGAACGUGAGAUCCGAGAGCGCGAGAUUCGGGAGCGGGAGUUGCGGGAGAGAAUGAAGCCGGGCUUUGAGGUGAAGCCCCCGGAGCUGGACCCCCUGCACCCAGCCACCAACCCCAUGGAGCAUUUUGCCCGGCACAGCGCCCUCACCAUCCCUCCUACAGCUGGCCCCCACCCCUUUGCCUCUUUCCACCCGGGCCUGAACCCCUUAGAGCGGGAGAGACUGGCUCUGGCAGGUCCUCAGCUGCGGCCUGAGAUGAGCUACCCAGACAGACUGGCAGCCGAGCGCAUCCAUGCUGAGCGCAUGGCAUCACUUACCAGCGACCCCCUGGCACGACUGCAGAUGUUUAACGUUACUCCACACCAUCACCAGCAUUCACACAUCCACUCCCACCUCCACCUCCACCAGCAGGAUCCUCUCCACCAAGGUUCAGCAGGCCCAGUUCACCCACUGGUUGAUCCCCUGACUGCUGGCCCUCACCUGGCUCGCUUCCCCUACCCUCCUGGCACCCUCCCCAAUCCUCUACUUGGACAACCCCCCCAUGAGCACGAGAUGCUGCGCCACCCAGUUUUCGGCACCCCCUAUCCCCGAGACCUGCCUGGGGCUAUUCCACCCCCCAUGUCAGCAGCCCACCAGCUUCAGGCCAUGCAUGCCCAGUCAGCUGAGCUACAGAGACUGGCCAUGGAGCAGCAGUGGCUGCAUGGACACCCACACAUGCAUGGUGGCCACUUGCCAAGUCAGGAAGAUUAUUACAGUCGACUGAAGAAAGAAGGUGACAAGCAGUUAUAAGUUAUUUAUUUGUUAAUGCUGGCUGUGGAAACCCCAGUUCUAGGGGGCAGAAGCAGGACUUUUACAUCCAGUAGGCGCUACAAGAGCAAAGAGGAAUAUCGUCUAAAGAUCUCUAUAUAUUUAAAACCCACAACUAAAAACAUCUGCAUAAUAGUGUUUGUUUGUUGAGAGGAUUUCCUGAGACUGGUUUGGGUCUCCCUGCAUGACAGUCCCCCAGAAACUUGGUGUGUCCUGGGCUGGACUGACACCCAGAAAACGUACCUGCGAUCUUGGGGUUUGGCUUUAGUUCUGUUUUCCUUGAUUUCUCAGUAGGUGCUAGAGUCCGUUCACACCCUUCACUGUGCGCGCAGACACUGAGGCACGUGGGCUCUGGAACCCAUGAGCUUUGCAGAGAGGCGGCAUAUGAGUUUGAAAUCCAAGAGCUAUAAUUUUUAAAAAAUCUUUUAUUUUAAUACAUUGUAGGAAAUCUUCAUAAUUUGAGACAGUUCUGCAGCAUGGCUUUUUACAUCUGUAAAUAAUUUUAGAAGUCUUUUUUUCCUUCCACAGACGACUAUUCUGAUCUAUUUUUUCCAGCCAUGUCACAAAGUGUGAAUUCCUACCAGCUAUUGACAGAAUACAGAGUUGAUUUUUUAAUAAAAAGUUAUAUAUAAAUUAUCCCUUUAAUUAAAGGGAACAGAUGGGCGUUUCUAGUUUCAGGCGGGCAGGAGCUUGGGACUAGGUUUGGCCACAGCAGUGAGCAUCCAGGGGUUGGCAGGGACAACGUUACAGGCUCUUUAUUUUGCUGCUUCGAUUUCCCUUCUGUCUGUCCCUCGCAUGUGCAGUGCAGACAUGUCUGAGCGAGCCUCCUUCCUUAUUCCUAGGGUUCGGUGUUGACUGUCCCCUGGUACCCGCUGUCCUGUCUCUGGUCUGGAAAGCGCAUGUUUAUGUGUAUGUGUCUGAUGAUAAGUUUCCUUAGAGUUUUAUGCACAUGUUUAAUUGUUGUAGAAAGAUUGUCAUAAGCAUUCUAGGAAGUUCAAGAGAAUGUUGCAGUGAGGAGGAGCACACGAAAGACCAGGACAUGGGCCUGCCAAAGGAAUGUUAGAAACGCUCGUGUGCGUGUUACCAGCCCAAGCCAUGCCUGCCGUAGACUGAGAGGCUGCUUCAGAGUGAGGAACGCUGUGCAGGUGGCCUGUAUCCUCCUAGGAAGCCAUGUGUGGCCUGUGUGGCCUCCUGGAAUAGGAAUAGCAGGUUCCCUUGGUAGCUCUCUCCAGUAGGUCUUGGGGAGCAGAGUAGUCCUGGGCAGAACUGGCUGCUGCCUCACAGUCCCUGUUGGAAUGCAUCCCUCCAGAGCCAAGGAAGAGCCAUCUGUGACCCCUCCCCUGGCCUCAUUUCCACUCUUAUGUGUGGUGGUCACAUUUAGGAAUGGCCAGCCAGCUCAGGACCAUGCUGUGGGUCCGUAGCUGAGGUGUGUCCUGGCCCUGUGGAGAGAAGUAGCUGGUUGCUGAGCUGCCGUUGACUCCGCUGCAGGCUCUGACUCAGGUGUGGCAGAGCCUCAUGCUCCCUGAACCAUGCAUGGGGCAGCUAGCAUCUAUUUGUCUGUUGAAAAUGUUUGUAGGGGGUUUUUUUGUUUUGUUUCUUAACAUUUUUUUUUCUCAUUCCAUUUCUGCCUUAACUUUGGUUCUUCAUAGGAGGCAAGCUCAAAUUAACCUUUUGUCAUCAAGCUUCUAUCCGCCUUGGCAUUGAAGGCAUUUUUUUUCUUGUAGGAGUGGUGACAUGCCCUCCAGAUGGUCUGCCCUACAGCCCUCUGAACUGAGGAAGACCUCUUCCCCAUGGGCUCUGGACAGGCAGGUCCUUUCUGUCCCAUGCCGCCACCUCCUUCUCCCGGUUUUAACUGAGUCUGCUGUUCAGUUAGCCCUUUAUCUCCUCUCUAGUACCCAUUUUCCAAAGAGAAAGAGUGAAGUACUUUGAAGUCUGUACUUGAAAUCUGUCUGGAAGUGUUUCCUUGUUAGUUUUGGGUUCCUCCCUGUCCCAAGGUGAAGCACUGAGAAUCUUCAUUUCCUCCGUGGCCAACUACAGUUUGUUCGGAGGCCCUGGACCUUUGUGGCGUCUUUGAAGCCUGGCCUCCUGGCUUCCUUUUGGAUUUCCUUCCUUUCAUUUGAAGUUUGGGUUUGCUGUCUGUGUUCUGUACGUAUCUUGUUCAGUGUCGUCAACGUUGAGCUUCCCGUCUCAGUGCGGUGGAGCGAGCGGACAUUCUGAUCGCUGCGUUCUUUAGAUCUCGGAGCUAAGUGUAUAUAUGAGUAGUUUGCCAUGAGAUAACACAGUGUAAGCAGUAGACACCCAGAAAAUCGUGACUUCUGUGUUCUCUCCAUUUGAGUAUUUUGUAAUUUUUUUGAAAUAUUUGUGGACAUAAAUAAAACCAAGCUACACUACA